CAUUCUGACUUUUACUUUUCACUGGCAAACGUCGUAAGCGAAACCAGCUCUAAUAAAAUUGAAAAAAAAAACUAAAAAAUAACAAUUAUAAUUAAAAACUGAAUCAAACAAGAAAAUGUUACGUUAUUCACCUAUUAGACAGAAUGUGGUAAAUCGUACGGCUGCUCGAAUGGUUCCAGUUACCAGAAGGCCCUUAUUACGGGCCAGUUCGCCAUUACCAACAAUGUCGUCCCAGCGAGGUGGUCCUAGUGCAUUGCCAAAAGUGUUACCACCCCACUUGAUUGAGAGGAACAAUCGUAUCAGUUUUCUGCGUACUUUGGGUUUGGGUAGACGUAGAGCCGAGCAAUUAGCCAGGCGCACUUAUACUUCCCGUGAAGCUGAUGAAGAAGUACGCGAAAUGAUGCGUAUGCCCUUAUAUCAACCGGAUCUCAAUGCAGCCAGAUUAAGGAAGAUUGUACAGUUGCUAAUGCCCGAAUCUUCCAUUCGAAAGAAUGCAGUGAAUCGUAUGGGUCAAGCUAAUGGAGGGCUCUUGCCCAGAGGGCGUUCGCCAUUGCCAGCAGUGUCACCCCAACGAGGCAGUUCACACUUGAUGGAGAAAAACAACCGUAUCGAUUUUUUCCGUAAGUUGGGUUUAAGUAGACGUAGGGCCGAACAAUUAACGAGGCGUUCGUUUGAUUCCCGUGGAGCUGAUCAGCAAAUACACGAUAUGAUGCUUAUGCCACUAGAUCACCCUGAUCUUAAUGCAGCCCGAUUGCGUAAGAUUUUGGAGUUGCUUGAUCCGAUGGCUACGAUUCCAUAUCCCUUGGAUAUUCCGUCAUCUACCCCUCAGCCACCUUCACCACCACGAAAUAUCAAUUGGAUGGAAAGCCCCAAGCAUUAUAGUACUCCAUUGAAUCCUAAUUAUGGCAAUGAUUUUCCUUUGGAAAGGCGUCCCGCUGACUCUCAGCAAUAUCAAGAGUAUCCAGAGCGUCAAAUGUUUGAUGAUAUCCGAAAUACAAGUCGAUUCAGCCAAAGCCCGGAUGAGCGCAGUUCAGCUUUUAUAGAUGAGCCACCAAUUAAACUUAAUCGUCAUGAUUUUGCUGAGGGCAAUAAUUUAGAUUUCUAUCAUGACCUACCAAUUGAUCAAGCCAAUUAUCGUCAAUUUUAUGCUGAUGAUAAUGGAACAUUUAAUAUUAAUGAUAAUUGGAAUAAUAAUGAUCGCUAUGGCCGUUUAGAUGUUAAUGAUCCCCAAAAGGCAUACAACGAGCCAAUCUCUACGAAGCAGUCACAAAACAUGCCGACGUUGCCAUCUAAUAAACGGAAACGUAAACGUCCCGAUAAUACGAAAUACCGUUCGGGGCCACUGAAACGCAAAGCUUUGGAAACCAUUGAUGCAAAGGACACUGGAAUCUUUUCGAAAAGGUCACGUCAGCGUGGUUUUCAUGUUGGAGGCUAUAGACUACCGUAUACCAAUACCACCCUGAAGGUUUUACCACAACCGGAAACCAAAUCACAUGCAGUUAGAUUCUUUAAGAAACCGCCGAACUAUAUUAUUGGCUCGUGUAGUCCGGAAUCUGUAAAUUUCUAUGACAGCGAUGAGAUUACCGACGAUGAAUAUAUCGCUGGGAAAGGGCUUCUGGCUGAGUCACUGUUUCUUGAGUGGGCCAACAUUUACCGCUCGAAGAAUUAUCGUAAUUGGUAUAACUGGUGGAAGGACUUUCAAUGGUGUGAAAUUGGCAUUGAUAAGCAAUUGGAGAGAUUCAAUGGUUACAAUGUGAAAUAUAAUUUCAUAAUAAAUCUUAUACACCUACAGGACCAAGAUGAAGGAUCACGCAUCGAGAAUACAACCAAGAGACUACUUAACUCGGCCAAUUUGGCAUUGGUGAAGAAUCUAACUGGUUAUAAUUACAAUAUGCGCACCAUAUACCAGUUGAUGAGUGAAGCCUUCUUGGAGAACUUAUCGUUAUCCGAUAUUGAGCAAUUGUUGGAUAUAAUUCGCAGUGUACCAAAUCAUUUGUGGAUAUACAAAAUGCGUAGCAUGAUCUUUAUGUGGUCCAAAUAUUGGGAGGUAAAUGUCAAGACAUCGGAUAUCAUUAGGGAAACCACCAUAGAAACCGCAAAAGAAUGGAAUAGUCCAGUGUUCCAUUGGUUGGCCAAGCAGGCAUACAAUGAGCUCAAGAUUAUUAGCAAGUUUGAAUGGAGCGGCGACAAAGACUUUUUUGAUGAUUCUUAACAUUUUAUAAAAGAUUUCAUUCAAUUCUGUAUUAAAUAUACACACACACACAUACA